UUGACCCGGCGUCGCAGCGAAACCGAAGUCGCCGAGUGAUGAUGUUGUGAAGUCGCCUGUCCGUCUCUGCCACGCCCGGGCGGUUACUGGCCGCGGCGGUCGCUUCUGCUGCUACUCUCAAGCUGCUGCUGCUGCUGCUCCCUGCUGCUGCCUUACAGGCUGCUUCCUGAGCGAGCGCCGGCGAAGGACGAAGGACGCAGGGCUGUUCCGGUCAUGACUGUUCCAGGGUUUGAUGGUCACAUGAGAGUACUCAUCGCUGCAGAUGUCAUUUGACUCAUCAAGAAAAAUCUGUUUCAAAGAAAAUAUUCAUACAACCAGAUCCAUUUCUUUUUUUAAUGGCUUGAUGGAUUUCCUUUACUCUGAUUCAUACCAAAGCUCUCCUCCUCAACCAAAGCAAGAAAGGAUCCUGCAUGAGUCAACCCCAGAAUGCCAUUUUUACAUCACCAACAGGUGAAGACACCCUCAUGAAUAUCAAUCACAGAGACUCAGAGAGCAUCACUGAUGUUUGCUCCAAUGAGGACCUUCCGGAAGUUGAACUGGUGAGUCUGCUAGAGGAACAGCUACCCCAGUACAAGUUGAGAGUAGAUUCUCUCUUUGUAUAUGAAAAUCAAGACUGGACUCAGUCCCCACACCAGCAGCAACAUGCAUCUGAUACCAUCUCUCCAGUCCUUGCUGAAGAAACUUUUCGUUAUAUGAUUCUAGGCACAGACAGGGUGGAGCAGAUGACCAAAACUUAUAAUGACAUUGACAUGGUUACACAUCUCCUAGCAGAGAGGGAUCGGGAUCUGGAGCUAGCUGCUCGAAUUGGACAAGCUCUGUUAAAGCGGAACCAUGUCUUAUCUGAGCAGAAUGAGGCUCUGGAGGAGCAGUUGGGACAAGCCUUUGAUCAGGUUAAUCAACUGCAGCAUGAGCUAUCCAAGAAAGAUGAGUUACUUCGAAUUGUCUCCAUUGCUUCAGAAGAGAGCGAAACUGAUUCUAGCUGUUCUACCCCUCUUCGGUUCAAUGAAUCCUUCAGCUUAUCUCAAGGUUUGCUGCAGUUGGACAUGCUGCAAGAAAAGCUCAAGGAACUGGAAGAAGAAAAUAUGGCUCUUCGAUCCAAGGCUUGUCACAUAAAGACAGAAACUAUUACCUAUGAAGAGAAGGAACAACAACUUGUCCAUGACUGUGUUAAAGAACUUCGUGAAACGAAUGCUCAGAUGUCCAAAAUGACUGAAGAAUUAUCUGGGAAGAGUGAUGAGCUGCUUCGAUACCAAGAAGAGAUCUCCUCUCUCUUGUCUCAAAUUGUAGACCUUCAACACAAACUUAAAGAACAUGUGAUUGAGAAAGAAGAACUGAGACUUCACCUACAAGCUUCCAAAGAUGCCCAAAGACAACUAACAAUGGAACUGCAUGAGUUACAAGACAGGAAUAUGGAGUGUCUGGGAAUGUUACAUGAAUCCCAAGAAGAAAUAAAGGAACUUCGUAGUAGAUCUGGCCCUGCUGUUCAUCUUUACUACUCCCAGUCUGGGGAAUCCCUGGCAGCUGAAAUUGAGGGGACCAUGAGAAAAGAGUUGAGUUUGGAUGAGGAAUCAUCUUUCUUUAAACAAAAAGCCCAGCAGAAACGGGUAUUUGAUACUGUCAAGGUUGCCAAUGAUACACGGGGCCGCUCUGUCCCGUUCCCAGCUCUGCUACCCAUCCCAGGCUCCAACCGUUCAAGUGUCAUUAUGACAGCAAAACCCUUUAAGUCUGAGUUACAACAAGCAGAGGACAAAGCACUCUUGAAUCCGGGGAGCAGCUCAAAGGAUGUUCCAGGGAAGACUCAGACGUCGGAUCAGCCAGAACCCUGUGACAGUGACUUGGCUACCGCUCUGCAUCGCCUCCGCCUGCGGCGACAGAACUACUUAAGUGAGAAGCAGUUCUUUGCUGAGGAAUGGGAGCGCAAGAUCCAAGUUCUGGCUAAAGAGAAAGAUGGGGUUGGUGACUCUGGCAGCCCUCCAGGGAGCCUUGCCUCUCUCUGCACUGAUCAGUCGGAGAUCCCAGACCUCAGCAGUGCCAGUUGCCUUCGAGGUUUUAUGCCUGAAAAAUUGCAAAUUGUCAAGCCCCUGGAAGGGUCACAGACUCUGCACCAGUGGCAGCAGCUUGCUCAACCACAUUUAGGAACCAUUCUUGAUCCACGACCCGGUGUCAUCACAAAAGGCUUCACCCAGUUGCCCAAGGAUGCCAUUUAUCACCUCUCAGACUUAGAAGAGGAUGAUGAGGAAGGUAUCACUUUUCAGGUUCAAAAGCCUCUUCAAGUGGAACAGAAAACACCUACGCCAGUGACAGGAAUCUUCCUACCACCCAUUACUUCAGCAGGCGGGCCAGUAACAGUUGCAGCCUCAAACCCAGGAAAGUGUCUGUCAUGCACAAACUCAACAUUCACCUUUACCACCUGUAGGAUAUUACAUCCUUCAGAUAUCACUCAGGUUACCCCCAGCUCUGGGUUUCCUUCCUUAUCCUGUGGAAGUAGUGGUAGUAGUUCAUCAAACACAGCGGUGAAUUCUCCUGCCAUGUCCUAUAGACUCAGCAUCGGCGAAUCCAUCACCAACCGACGAGAUUCCACCAUAACCUUCAGCAGCACUAUGAGCUUGGCCAAACUUCUGCAAGAGCGAGGCAUCUCUGCUAAAGUGUACCACAGCCCGGUUUCAGAGACUUCCCUCCUACAGCCUUUCCCUAGAGCCUUAGCGAUCCCUUCCACACCACCAAAUUCACCAUCUCACUCACCUUGUCCUUCUCCUUUGCCCUUUGAGCCUCGAGUACAUACAUCUGAAAAUUUUUUGGCCUCCCGACCAGCUGAAACAUUCCUCCAGGAGAUGUAUGGUUUAAGACCUUCCCGAACCCCUCCUGACGUUGGCCAGUUAAAGAUGAACUUGGUGGACAGACUGAAGAGAUUGGGUAUAGCCAGAGUGAUCAAGACUCCUGUUGCCCAGGAAAAUGGAAGCGGCCAAAAGGCAGAAAUUGGUCUUCGAAGACCAGACUCUGCUGUUUAUUUAAAUUCAGGUAGCAGUUUAUUGAGUGGACUGAGGAGGAAUCAGAGCCUUCCAGUAAUGAUGGGUAGCUUUAGCACCCCAGUUUGUACCUCCUCACCCAAAAUGGAUAUCCUGAAGGAGGACUGAGGUUCAGCUCUGGUUCAGUUAAUGACCCCUUGUACCAGUUAGCACACGAAGGAUGGAGUUGCACACAAUGGGCAGCCUGGUCUGACAGAGGGAACAGGGAUGUUGCAGAAGGGCCGUGAAUGUGGGAGGGGAAAGUGGAAGAAUGGACGCAGAAUUGGGUUGGCGUUGGUAAUUUGAGAGUAAUGGACCGUGAGUGGUGAGAGGCAGAAAAGGAGGAAAAGUUGAAUGUACGCCUUCAGUUGGCUUUUCUUGUCUUGAAAAUAAAGUGACCAGAAGAUAAAUUCAAUAAUGUUGAAUCAUACCAGGAAGGCUGGGCUUGCUGCACACUGGCGCCUGGUGAGCGGGCAAGAGGAAGCCGGGGGGCUGGGAGGAGAACGGGGCUGCUUUCACUGUUGCCUGUAGGAAGCUGUGCUGGAGUGUCCCCGAGUUACUGAGGCCACAGCAGGGUGACAUUUAUGUUGGUCCUGUCACUGUCUGAUUAAAUUAUGUGUCCAUCAAUGGUAUGCUUACAGCGUUAGCAAACAAGGAGUGUUACCUUUUUCUAAGACUAACGAGGAAAAACUCCUUUUUCGCCAUUUUCAGGCGUUUAUACCACUGGGAACCCAAACACUAUCCAUAUUCCUUUUGUAUUUGUGACUAAUAAACAUCCAUGUUUAAAAUUUGUAUUUUUAUACAACAUCCAAAAAAAAAAAAAAGAUAGCUUGGAUGGAGGAUUACAGGAAUUUACUUUUAAAAAGGAAAUAGAGUAAUUGGAACCAAGAAACUUGUUUUCAGAAUAUUUUAUCUGGGUUAAGUGCAGUGGCCAAGAAGGAUGAAAGUUUUGACAUUCAGAUUUCCUCGGAGACUGGAAGACAAAACCAGUCAAUCAGCAAGUGCAAUCAGUAGGAUUUAGCGGAUGGUGUGUAUUUAUGUUUGUGAACUUACCGUAAGGAUAUAGCUGGUCACAACUAAGCUUUUCCCUGUGUGUGCUAUGCAUAUUUUUAAUGAAAGAUACAUGUAUUUGCACAAAAUUUCUCAGGCACAUUAAAUUAUUAUAAGCUAAAAUAAAACCCAGGUGCUUGCUUUGAGAUUGUGGGUGUUUUUUAAUGUAAAAUAAAACACAUCUGCCUUUUUCUUGAUAUAUGUAGUUAGAGAAUAACCUUUUUAAUGGAAGAGUUAAGCCUGUUUUCCUUUUCUCUGGGACUCCUUUUUAAACAAAAUGAAAGUUGGAGAUUGAGUUUCAGAGUUCAACUGUGUGACGCAAGGCUGUGAGUUGGGAAGGAACAACUCUGUUUUCUGAGCGCGUUGAAGGGCUGCUCCCCGUCAGGUGACAUGGCUUUACUAGGUAGGCCGGUUUCAGAUGCCAGUAUCUGAAGACAGGAGAGGGACCUACUUACUGAAUUUUUGAAAAUAGGAUAUAUAUUAUUUGAUCCUUUUGGUGCUCACUUUGCAAACAUUUUGCCCCUUUGUUCUGACUUAACUGAAAGGGAGCUUUCCGAAGAGCUCUUCAUGAGCGGCUUGCUCCUCGGGCCCACCCGGGCACCUUCUACCAAGCUAGAGGGGAGCCCGUCCUCUCUCCUUGGGGCGCCUCUUCUAAGGAAAGCCGUGUGCUCUAAGGAGUAGAAAAGCCAAUAUGAGUGCAUUGCUGAGAGCGUGAGUUUGUCAUGCUUUUUAGAAUCUUAAUAAAACUUUUCUAAAUUUCUUAAAAGCAAGAAGUGCAGGUGUGCCUGUACUCCCCUUCAGUCAGUCAUGCUUGCGUUAGCAGGCCUCCAUGUAUGCGGGCCUCCAUGUAUGCGGGCCUCCAUGUAUGCGGGCCUUCCAUGUAUGCUCUCAGGAAAGAUCCAGCAGGGGUGUGGUGAGUGCAAGCGUCCUGAGUGUGGUAGGCAUUAUCGGAGUCCCUGACGGUAAAUUUCCAAACUAUCCCAAUUAACUUUGAAAAAAAUAAUAUCCAAGUUUCUAUUUCAAAAAAAAUACCUCUGAGGUGCUUAUUUCAGCCAAUUCUUAAAGUUUUUUAUUUUUCUCUUAAGAAAGUAAUCUCUCCCUACUGCCACUUUCCAGGAAAUACCAGAAGUAGGAAAACGUAGGGCCAGAGAGUAGUACAAAGUGCUACCUAAUCAGAUUUAUGUGUAUUACAUAAAUAGUUUAAUAAUGAGCUAGAGUUUUUGAGUGUUCUGUAUAAUUAAUGCACUUUUUUAAUAAACAAUGCUAAAAAUUAGAUCACUUUGGAGGCAAGACAAAGGUUUAUUCACAGCCAAAUAAACAUGACUAGUUAAAAAAGAGACCCAGACAAGUUGUUGAAAAUGUGAUUGUUGACGUUACACCAGAAGCACAACACUCGUAUGCUAGAGCAUAUGCUGUCUCUGGCAAAUCCUGGUUUGAAAUUGGGAUUUUAUGUUUCAAAUUUUUCCACCUAACAUCAUUUUGGGUACAGCCUGAGACUCUAUUAUAAAAAAAUUUAUGUGCAAAUUAUGGUAAUGAGCCUAGCAAGUUCCUCCUCAAUCUGUCUGUUAAGCUUUAAUACUGUUCAUGUUUUCUUGUUCUCUAUAAUAUCAGUUGUGUGUACAGAAAACUCCAAUUUCUUUUUUUUUUCUUUCAAAAAGGUUCUCAGUGAUUAUACCUCAGGUAUUUCUGAGUAUCUUAUUCCCUAGUAAGAGCAAAACCUUUCCUGAGCUCAAAAUUAGAAGCUCUCAAUUAUGUCACCCAAAUCUUAUGUAAAUAACCUUAGAUGUGAAUCUUCUGGGGGGAAGUUAAUGACCACUGUUAAAGUCAUUAAAAAAAAGAGUUUUUUACUAUAUUUCUUUGAUUUGACAACAAUAGACUUUGGCUAAGAAAAGAAAUUAAGAGGCAGCUCUUGUGAGCUGCCUAUUCUCUGUAAAAGGUGUAUUUUAUAAAGUAUUCAAAGCUUGUUAUUUUUCUGACAUGUAAGUACACAGUCAGUACUUAGAAGUUCCUAACGUUGACUUGACACCGGGAGCUAGAGCUUAGUUCAUCCACUCCUGUGAUGUCAGAUGCAUGAAGCCUCUCUCCCAGCAAGCCCCGGUAUCUGCUCCUGCAGGUGCACACAGCCAGCUCGUGUGGGAAGUAUUGGUGUUCCAUAUUGGGGACUGGACCUUGUAAACAGCUCUUUGUGCACCUAUCUCUGCUGAGUCAAGUGUAAAUCAGAUAAUAAACAUGAGUAUCUUGUUACA